AUGCCCAAAUCUUUGAUUGUCCUUCCCCGGCCAGGGGCAGCGCCAUCUAGCGACGCAGUACAGCCCAUCCCAGCCCCAUCGGAAGCCUCCUUUGUCACAACCUUCGGCAACCGGCUUCCCCCAGCAUCAUAUUUAGAAACACCCCACGGCAAAGCAGCAUACUACGAGCUAUUGCCCUUAUCGCCUGCUUCUGCCGACGGGAAAAAGGUUGUAUCUCGCGUGCUAUUUGUCCAUGGUGUGCAGACACCCGCAAUCGGCCUCCAGCCAUUAGCUAGCGCACUGUCAUCGCGUUUCCCAUCGGCUCACUGUGUCCUGAUCGACCUGUGGGGCCACGGACUUACGGAAACACCGUUUGUGGCGCACGACCCGGCUCUCUUCCAUGGAUUACUAGAGACCUUGAUGGCGCACCUCAAAUGGGCUGAUGCCCAUUUCAUCGGCUAUUCUUUUGGCGGGUCCACGACUGCAAGCUUCGCGGCUGCGCACCCCGAGCGCGUCGCGUCGAUGGUUUUGGUCGCGCCGGCAGGUCUGCGCCGCACUGCGGGGCUGGGUGAGGUACAGCAGGGUUACUUGCGUGGUGGGGAGGGCGUGGAAGAAGCGGCGCGAGAUUGGAUCUUGGAAGUGCUGGAAGGGGGCCGGUUGAUUGUGCCUUCGGAUUGGAAGGAGCGGGUUGGACGAGGUGAAGUUGUGGCAGAGGCCGUGAGAGACUGGGAAAUGAGAGAGCAUCCAGGGCAUGUCGCUAGCGUUGUCGCCAUAUUCAGGGAUGGUGGGAUUUUUGAUAAACAUGCCGAAUUUGCGAAAGCAGCGACGACGGGGAUCCAGUCCCUAUGUGUUCUGGGCGAGUUGGAUGACUUGUGUAGCGCGCAGGACUUGCAUGAGCUUGGGAUGGAGAAUGUUGAGGUCGUGCCGCAGGUAGGCCAUGGAGUGGUUAGAGAACGGGUGCCGGAGGUCGCUGGGUUUGUUCAGCAGUUCUGGAAUAGUCUCCAGGAGUAA